AUGUUGGCACUCAUUGACCACUUGACCUCUCCGCCGGCGCAAACAUUUCACGUGCUGCAGCCAACGUCGUCAACAAUCACAUACACUGUCUCGACGCGUCCUGUUCCCAAGACACUACCCGCGCUCGCAAGGUACUAUGCAGGGAUAUUGUUGAGAGUCUCACUAGGCAUCAUAAGCAUACUAUCACUAUGGUCAAAGUUCUGUGUCACGAACGAAGCUCGAUACGACCCAACUCUAAGAAUGUGGAAAAUGGGACAUGGCGUGGAAGCGCACCUCGUCAGGCUCACAGAAGCUUACCAAUGGCGAUACUUGAUACCUACUGCAUGUAUCAUGCUCUUUCUGGUUUUUCGCCGCAACUACACAGAAGAAUCCCUCACCAUACUCCGCGGCCUCGGUGUCCAGACCUCGACUACAUCUUUGACGUAUCUUCAGACGCCCACCACGCGCUUUAUACCCACCACGAGCAUACAGGACGUUUUUAUACACGAGGCGUUCAAGGGAUUUGAAGUGAAAUUCUAUCUUAUGGUAGUAGUGGAGGACGAGGAAAAGGUCGUCGUUGUGUUUCCGAGAUUGCUACCGAGAAGAGGGACGCUAGAGAUCGUUUGGAGGGGCGUAAGAGGAGGAUUGUGGGAGGACAGCAUCAAAAGUGCAGACCGGGAAACGAACGUUGAGAGCAAAGCAGCGGGGAUCGUAGAAUCAUAA